GAGGCAGGUGAGGUUUAUGUUUGCAGUGCGAGCUGGAAGGAAUUAUUUGCACCAGUGAAGAGAGCCUCACCCUCACCUAAACACUUCGCCCGUCUAGAACGACGUGAUAGAGUCUCCUGAGAGCUGCCAAGGGCUGUGAAGGUGAGGAUAUAUUCCAUCAUACUCCAGAUGAUGAGAUGGAAGAAUACAACAUCCCACCAUGUGACCCAAUUCCUGAUCACUCCGGAGUCACAUCCCAGCACGACGCUAGUGAAGAAAACCACAAUGAGAAAUCUGAAGAUGUUCCACAUCAGCAAAGCAACACCGACACCUACAAAGCAAGUCCACAAAAGAGCGUUCUACAGCCAGAAUGUGACUCCUCCUCCGAGGAACCCAAAGCUGAACCAGACCUUAACACCUCAUCACAGACAGAACCCCUGCAAAAUGUCAAGGACCUCGCUGAUAGUGACAGUGACAUGGAUAUAGAAACGGCAUCAUAUGUACUCUGUGCAGAUUUUUAUGGUGAAGAGCAUACAUUUCCCGAAAACACCGCACACAGUGUUUCUCCAGAAGAGACUCCAGAAGAAUCCCAAAAGUCGAGAAAAGAAAUCCAAGAUGAGAAAGAAUUUAUCUUCAAGGAGCUGCUAGAAAUGAUGAAGAUUGACACUAAGAAAACCUUAAAACUGACCCUACAGAAAGUUCUUGAAAUUGGUCCAGAAAGUUUGAUGACAGACGACCCUUCCAAUGAUGAUAAUGCAUUAUGGUAUUUUGUAAGAAGGUUGAUGUCACUAAAUGGGGAAGCCAGAAACAUAAACAGCCUUUUUAUGAAACCAGAGGAGAGUGAGAGUAAUCAGGAUGACAGUUUAAUGUGUCUUAUUGAAAGUGACUUAUUCAGUUACAUCCACCCUCUUGAUGUGGUUUCUGCUGCCUUUCAUUGCUCAGACCAUUUCCUGCAACAGGAAAUGAUGUCAAAAAUGUCAAUGUGUCAGUUUGCUGUCCCUCUGCUGUUGCCCGAUACUGAUGGCCCAGAAUGCACCUUCAUGCUGUGGGCAAUGAGGGGCAUAGUAAAGAAAUGGAGACCUCAGUCAUUAAAAGGCAGCAAAGGAUUUAUAGAGAACAGCUUGGUUAAUGUUCCAACGCCAACUAUCUCACUUGUAAGAAUGGGGAAUUGUAGGCUAUCAAAGUCAAAAAUUCUAAAUCAGCUUCUGGGCACAACACAACACCAACAUGAACAUUUUGUCCACAGGGAUAUGGAAGGUGGAAAUGCUGAAAGGAAAAUAUCAGAUGGGUUGGUGGAAAUUUCCUGGUAUUUUCCUGGUGGUAAAGGUAAAUUUCCAGAGCCUGUGGCUUUUACCAAUCUUCGAGGAAAACUUGAGUCUAAUGUAAAGCAGUUCAACUUUCUGACAGAAAUCUCAUCAGUCAUUGUAAUCCUUACAGACGGCAUCAGUAAGGACCAGUAUGAACUGUUAAUGAAGUAUAAUGGCCACGAUACAAAAUAUCUCUUCAUUAUUGUCCCAGCAGACAACCAAAUGAUGGAGGACACACAGGAACGACUAAAGCUCUUGACACCUGUAUUAAAUUUAACCCAAGACAAUAUCUUAUUGAUUCCAAGAAGUACAAAUGAGACAACAGCUGGUUUGAAGCUUUAUUCAUCACUUCUGUCAAUAGUUCAAGAUGACAUCAAAACUCUCAGUCUAGAAAAAAUGGCCAAUCAAGCCUCCAGACACGGGAUCCGGAUAGAUGAGGACUUUGAAGAAUGUCAUAAAGCAAAACUGAAAGCAAUAGAGAUAACAGAUGAGAUAGAAGAUGUUGUGCAAUAUAAAAAAGAUACAAUGAAACUACAAGCAGAGCCACUGAAAGAAAUGGCCAGAUUAGAAAAGGAGAUGUGCCAAAUGAAAGGACAGGGGAAUAGUAAUGGGGAAAAAUACAAAUCUAACCUAAGACAACAGUGUAACCUAAUAAGACAAGACCAAUGGGAAUGUGAAAUUCCAAGUGGAAUAUCCAAAUUUGUAAAUGCACUCACCUCAACAAAUAGAUUGGAAAAGUUCUAUUUUUUACAGUGGUUAAAAUUUCAUCUUGAUGUUGAGGCAAGAGAAUGCCUUUACCCUUUACAAGCUCAAUAUAAAGAAAUGUGUAAUUUAUCUGGCAAGCAGAAAGAGCUGACCGAGUUAGAUCAGAAGAUAUCUGAUAGUUCAUUGGGUAUUGAGCACUUUCUGAGAGAAGUGGGUCAGUUCUAUGAAGCCUGGCAUUCCAUGGGAAAAAAGGGAAAAUCAACAGACAUAAACUUUGAAUGUCUUCCUGAAAUAGCUGCAGAUCUCCUGUUGGAUGGGUUUCCUCUGGAGCUGAUAGACGGAGAAGCCUCUAGAAUUCCAUUACAAUGGAUAAAAGAUGUACUGAGAGAAUUGGAUAGGAAAGUCAAAGGAAAAAGCAGACUGAGAGUAAUAACAGUUCUUGGGGUGCAGAGUACAGGGAAAUCCACCCUUCUGAACACCAUGUUUGGGUUGCAGUUCCCGGUGGCCAGCGGACGAUGUACACGAGGAGCCUUCAUGACUCUUCUGAGAGUGAAGGAAAAUUUCCAGGACGAUUUGAGCUGUGAGUUCAUAUUGGUGAUUGACACCGAAGGACUGAAAGCUCCAGAAUUGGAUUCUCUCGAGGGCAGCUAUGAACAUGAUAAUGAAUUGGCGACAUUAGUGAUUGGAUUGAGUGACAUCACCUUAAUUAAUAUGUCCAUGGAAAAUACAACAGAAAUGAAAGAUAUUUUACAAAUUGUUAUCCAUGCUUUUCUUAGGAUGAAAGAAAUCGGGAAAAAACCCAACUGCCAAUUUGUACAUCAGAAUGUGAGUGAUGUAUCAGCUCCUUCCAUGAACAUGAGGGGGAGGAAGAAGCUGAUGGACCAAUUAGAUGAAAUGACCAGAACUGUGGCAGUUAUGGAGAACAAGACUCAGUUUAACUAUUUUUCUGAUAUCAUGGAGUAUGACCUAGAACAUGACAAUUGUUACAUUGCUGGUCUUUGGCAUGGAGUCCCACCAAUGGCUUCCGUCAGCAGUGCGUACAGUGAAAAUGUCAAUGAACUAAAACAAAAACUACUAAAGUUCAUGAAAGACAGACAUAAUACACACAACAUUAAUGAAUUUAUUUCAUGGGUAUCUGAUUUAUGGAGUGCCGUAAAACAUGAAAACUUCAUAUUUAGUUUCAGAAACAGUGUGAUAGCGAAAGCCUACAACCAGUUAUCUAUAAAAUAUUCUGAACGUGAAUGGAAAUUCAGUAAAGUGAUGCAUGAAUGGUUCACUAAAUCUGAGACACUGAUCAAGAAUCAGUCUGAUGAAACGCUGGAAGCUAAAGCCAAUGAAUGUUAUAAAGAAGCAGAAAUUCUUCUCACAAGAGAGGAAAAAAAGAUUUUAACUUGGUUGGAAGAGUAUUUCAGUAAAGAGACAGAUGGUGCCCAACUAAUAAAAUACAAAACAGACUUUGAGAUCAGUGCUCAGAGCCUGAGAAAAAGUCUGGAAAACUCUUCAAUCAACAAACUUAACAAAACUAUUCAGAUACAAAAAGAACACAUCAGGAUAGAACUUUUAUAUAGUCAGCACAUCGAAAAAAUUGAACAGAAGGUCUACAACUUUAUAGAAGAGUGUAGAAAGAAAAAACAUGAGCCAAAUGAUGCUGAAUUGGAGGAGGAACUUGAAAGAAUCUGGGAAAAUGCAACCAAAGAUCUAGAGGUAAAUCAUCGUCCAGAGCGUGACAUUGAGGGAGAGAUGUUACUAGUGCUCACCAAGGACAUGAAAGAAAGAGGUUCUGGUGCGAAUGAAAAAUUACAGAAGACAAAACAUUUUCCCAAACCCAAGGGGCAGCAGAAUCCAUCAUUUUAUCAUCACGCACGCUCAAUUUUUAAUCAAUUUAACCAAGCAUAUAGGAAAUGGAAAGGGGAAUUCCAAAUUGAAGAUUUUUUCCAGAGUGUGUUACGUAAAUGUAAGAAGUAUUCAAAAAAACAAACACAAAAAGAUGUGGACUAUGAUGACACAUACUGUAGAGAAAUAUUGAAGAUCAUUGAUGAAAAUUGUAAACAUUCUGAUGCAAAGAAUUCUUUUUCAGCUGUUAAUGAAUUGGACUUGAAGUUGAACAUUUUGGGACACGUUCUUGUUGAUUUUCAGACGAUGCAUUUUAAUUUUUUAAAAAAGAAUGACCCCCAUGCUAGGAUCAAUUCCCUGAAGCCACUAUACUUUGAUACAUUCAAAAAUGUUUUUCAGAAGAAAAAUGAGAGCAAGAGCCUCACUGAACGAGUCUGUAAAGAUGUUUUUAAACCAUCGCUAACUGAUCAUAUUUACAGAAAACUUGGAAUUGAAAUGGUAGAUGACAUCACUAAUAGCAAAGGUUCUGAAAAAUAUACCUCUAGAAUGUUUUUCCAGUUCACUGUUCUAGAGAACCUUCUGGAGGAAGACAUUUUCGAAAAUUAUGUGGAAUACUCAAGUGACUAUAAAAACUUUGUAAAAUCCUGGAUAACUAACUAUAUUGUAGAAGAAUAUACAAAUAUCAGUACUUUACAAGAGAGAAUUCUGUCUGAUAUCAUGGGACGGGUCAGAUCUAGUCUCACAAAUCCCCCAACUUUAAACCUUCGAGGGGUUUCAGAUUUUUUGUCCCAUCUGUGUGAGAAAUUGAACAGUGAUCUGGUGUUACCACAGCAGACAAUGAAGGCAAUCAUUUUUGAAAAUUCGGCAACUAUUGAGGAUUUUAUUGAUUAUAUGAAGAACAGCCUGACUGAGACACAAGAAGAUAUCCGAGCUGAACUGCAAUCUCUGAGUACAGAAGACGUUCUUUCCAGACUUGUAGUGAAGCCUCAGGAUGAACUGUUCAAGAAGGUGUUUGGGUGCGGGAAGCAAUGUCCUUUCUGCAAAGUCCCCUGUGAGGCUGGAGGGACGGAUCAUAAAGAGCACUUUGCAUCCGUACAUCGCCCAGAAGGACUAGGACGUUACAGAUGGAGAACAACACAAGUUCUUUGUCAUGAUAUUUGUACUACCUUAGUGGUUGGCAACACACAUUUUGCAAAUCAUCUCACAGAAUUGGAAUCUCAUCCCUUCAGGGAUUAUAGAGAUUUCUACCCAGACUGGAAAAUUCAACCUGAUGAGAGUAUUGAAGCUUCUGACUACUGGAAAUUCAUUCUCAAAGAGUACAAUGAGCAGUUUGCAGAAGAGUAUAAUGCUAAACCAGCAAACUAUCCUGAGGAAUGGGACAGUCUGACCAGAGAGAUGGCAAAGGAAAGUCUUCAGAAAACCUUCAAUAUGUGACAAGACACAAUGAAAUGUAGGUCUCUCUCUCAUCUAAUGUAUGUACAGUGCUCAGCAUAUGACAUUACUUACAUCAUUUACAUGACUGAUAAUCCAGUACAGGCUCAUUAGACUGCUCUUUUUCUUGUUCCUCUUUCUCCUGCAUUUGCUAUUUUUAAUACUUUGGAAUACAUUUAUACAUAUUAUGGCCAAAUAUUUGUGGAAUACAGAAAAGCACACCUAUAUUAGUUUGUUGGAAAUUCUAGUACAAAUUAAUAAGACAUUUUUCCCCUUUCCCCUCAUCUGGGAAAACUUUUGGAGGGUGUCUGUGGGAUUUUGUGUCCAUUUGUGAAGUCAGGUACUGAUGUUGGAUGAAAAGAUUUGGCUCAUCAUCAAUGUUCCAAAGGUGUUCAGUAGGCUUGGGGUCAGGGCUCUGUGCAGGACAAUCAAGUUUCGUCACACCAAACUGGUCAAA